GGAAAGAGGUUUCAUGUGGGAAGAGGGUCCCAAAGGAAGGAAUUCCCAGUGGAAGAGGUUCCCAAAUUUCCAUUUCCUGCCCUGUGCCAGGAUCCUGGUGGAUCAGGAGGGGACACUGAGCUGCUCUCAGGGCACACCUGGCACCAGUUUCCACAGCAGAAUUUCACAUUUCUCACUACAAUUAAUAAAAACAAAACAAAACCAACCCCCAGGAGUAUUUCUGGUGUACCCAGGGGUGUUCCUCACUCCUACUGUGUGCAGCUCCUGCCUGACCCUCUGACUGGGUCAGAAAGCAGAAUUUUUGUGUUUUCUGGGUCACAUAUCACAGUUUUUGUGUUUUCUGGCCUUUUUUUUUUUUGCUUCUCCUGCUCCAGAGCAGAGCAGCUGCUGGUUCUGUGACCCUGAAGGACCUUCCCUGCAGUGAAGGCACCUCCACAUUCCUCAGCAGCAGCUGCCUCACCACCCCUGACUGCUCAGUUUUAUUUUCUUCACCCACUCUCAGUGGAAGAUGGGAGUGUUCCCCUCAUGUUUUAGGUGAAACCUGCUUGCCAUGAAGUCCUGAGGGAGGUAGAGGGACUGCAGUGGGAAUUCCUUCUCACUCCUCCACAACAAAUCCAACAAAUGCCUAAUGGGAUUGCCUCUCUGCCUGGAGCCAUGGGGAGCUGCUGCAGCUGUCUGUGCACAGACAGCAUCCCAGACAACCAUCCCACCAAAUUCAAGGUGACGAACGUGGAUGACGAGGGCCGGGAGCUGGGCUCGGGGGUGAUGGAGCUGCUGCCGGGGGAGCUGGUGCUGCACUCGCGGGGCCGCGGCGCCGUGCGCUGGCCCUACCUGAGCCUGCGGCGCUACGGCUUCGACUCCAACCUCUUCUCCUUCGAGAGCGGCCGGCGCUGCCACACCGGGCAGGGGAUUUUUGCCUUCAAGUGCUCCCGAGCAGAGGAGAUCUUCAACCUGCUGCAGGAUCUGAUGCAGUGCAACAGCAUCAACGUGGUGGAGGAGCCCAUGGUGGUCACCAGGAGCAGCCACCCUGCAGAGAGGGAGCUGGCCAGGAGCCCCCAGGGCCCCAGCAGUCUGGGUUACACUGGACUUCCCAAUGGAUUCCACAGCUUCCCUGGAGAAUCCCUGUCCUACUCUGCAGCCCAGCACCCCUCAGUGAGCAGCCUGAGACAUUCCUCUGUGGGGGAAGACUCCACCCACCCCCUCCUGGGGCCUGAGGAGCAGUCCCACACCUACGUCAACACGGCCACGGGGCAGCGGGAGCCGAGGGGCCGGCACUGCAUGCACUCCUUGCCUGAAGCCCACCCUCCUUUCCCCCCUAGGAACCACAGCUGCUCCCUGGAAGACCGAAACCCCCAGGUCUUCCUGCAGCCAGGGCAGGUGAAAUUCGUGCUGGCUCCCAGCUCCGGCUACCGCCGGCUGUGCCGGCAGCCGCGGCAAUGCCGGGCUCACCUCUGCCCCCCCAACAACAACAACAACGAGUGUCAGGAGGGCUGUUCGUCCCCACAGUGUGUCUAUGAGAACCUCAACGGGCUGGUGGCCCCCAGCAGCUCGUCCCUGUGCAGGGCUGGCAGCUCCAAGGUGUGCCAGGAGGACGGGAGCUGCUGCCAUCGGCGCCCGGCGCUGCUGCACUACGAGAACCUCCCGGCGCUGCCGCCGGUGUGGGAGCUGCAGCCGGCCCGGCACGGGGCUGAGGAUACUGGGACAGCACCCACGCCAUCCCCCAAUGGUUUCUCUGAGGCUGGAGAGGAAGAACCCCUGCAGAAUUCCAUGCAGAAUUCAGAGAACUCAGCCCUGCAGCCGCGCCGAGCCUUCCUGCCCCGAGCCCGGCGCAGCCGCCUGCCCAACGUCUUCAGCUUCGACUUCCCCCGGGCCUGCCCCGAGCCCCCACGGCAGCUCAACUACAUCCAGGUGGAGCUGGAGGCCGAGCCCUGCCGGGGCCAGCAGGAGCCAGGGCUGGGGGCAGCCCCCGGCAGCUCCUACGCCGUCAUCGACCUCAAGAAGACGGCGGCCAUGUCCAGCCUGCAGCGCGCCCUGCCCAGGGACGAUGGCACCUCCAGGAAAACGCGCCACAACAGCACUGACCUGCCCCUCUGAGGGCCCCAAGUGCCAGCCCCGCGUCCUGGCUUUGUCCCCCGCUGUGUCCUGCCCCCUGUGGCUCCCACUCGCCAUCCCCAGGGGCACAGCGAGGCUCCUGCGGCUUGAGGCUCCUCUGUCUGUCUGUCUGUCUGUCUGUCCGUCCUCCCCUCUCUGUGUUGCUCCUUUUCCAAGCCUUGUGGGAUGUUUGGUUGACUCUGAGGGUUGGAUUCUGGGUGGGAGGUGCCAGCAGUGGUGUGGGCAGAGCCAGAGCUGGGCACAUGUUCCUAAAAAUGAGCUGCUUUAGGAGCUCUGAGCAGAUCCAACCUGUUCCCUGUGGAUUUCACAUCUGCACUGAGGCCACUCCACAUCUGGGCACAUGUUCCUAAAAAUGAGCUGCUUUAGGAGCUCUGUGUAGAUCCGGCCCAUUCCCUGUGGAUUUCACAUCUGCACUGAGGCCACUCCACAGCUGGGCACAUGUUCCUAAAAAUGAGCUGCUUUAGGAGCUCUGAGCAGAUCCAACCUGUUCCCUGUGGAUUUCACAUCUGCACUGAGGCCACUCCAGAGCUGGUCUCACUCCCAAAAAUGAGCUGCUUUAGGAGCUCUGAGCAGAUCCAACCUGUUCCCCUUGGAUUUCAUAUCUGCACUGAGGCCACUCCACAUCUGGCCACAUGUUCCUAAAAAUGAGCUGCUUUAGGAGCUCUGAGCAGAUCCAACCUGUUCCCCCAUGGAUUUCACAUCUGCACUGAGGCCACUCCACAGCUGGGCACAUGUUCCCAAAAAUGAGCUGCUUUAGGAGCUCUGAGCAGAUCCAACCUGUUCCCCCAUGGAUUUCAUAUCUGCACUGAGGCCACUCCAGAGCUGGGCACAUGGUCCCAAAAAUGAGCUGCUUUAGGGGUUCUGAGCAAAUCCAGCCCAUUCCUGUGGAUUUCACAUCUGCACUGAGGCCACUCCACAGCUGGGCUUUGCCUGCUGGUUCCAGAUGUGCCUGGAGAUGAGGGAGCUCACACCGUGGCCUUUCCCCCCUCUGUUUGUUCCUGGAGCUUUUUAUCCUUCUGUCCCUGUCUCAGAUUCAAUCUCAGUUGGGCAGCUGAGGACACAGAGCCUUGGGCACACACUGUGAUCACAGAAAUUGCCUAAAUCCUUAAAAUUCCCUCCCCUGCUUUAGAGGAGGAGGGAAAGGCCACAACCAUGAGGGAGAUUGGGAGUUUGGUCUGGAGAAUUUCACUUGUGCCAUACCCUGCUUUAUUGGUUUUUUUUUUUUUAGAGGGUUCUUUUUGGCAGCUGCUGAGAAGUGCUGUGGGUUUAUCUAUUUGUUUACUUAUUUAUUUAUGAACUGCUCCUUUACAUCCCAGUUUGUUGCCAAACUGGUGCCAGUCUGGGGCUCUCUCCUGCCUUGUGGAGGGGGGCAGAUCCCAAAAGAGCUUGGUGGCUUUGCUGAGGGGAAAAAACCCUGUGGAGGAGAGCAGCUGGGAGAAUGAAGGAUUUCUGAGCUGGGAGAUGGAAUGGGAGCAGAGCCUGGGCUGGCUGGGGCUGGGAGCAGCCUCUGCUCAGUGCCAGCAGUCAGUGUGCAGCUUGUUCCCCCAGCUGCAGCCCUGGAAGGGCCCAAAUCCCGGGAGCUUUGUGGCCUUUUGCUGUGGCUUGUUCUGUCUCGAUGCCGGGGCUGUGCUGGGAUGUUCCCUGGCCCCUCCCCGUGGCCUUUCCAUGGAUUUCUCUGUGCCUGUUCCCGUGGAGAGCCGGGCUCUGGGGUGUCCUGGGUGCUGUGGGGUGCACUGGGGUGGUCUGGGGUGCACUGGGAUGCUCUGGGGUGCACUGGGGUGGUCUGGAAUGUUCUGGGAUGCUCUGGGGUGCUCUGGGAUGUCCUGGGAUGUCCUGGAGUGCACUGGGAUGCUCUGGGAUGCUCUGGAGUGUUCUGGGGUGCUCUGGGAUGUUCUGGGAUUCUCUGGGAUGUUCUGGGUUGCUCUGGGAUGCUCUGAAGUGAUCUGGAGUGCACUGGGAUGCUCUGGGGUGCCCUGGGAUGUUGUGGGGUGCUCUUGGAUGCUCUGGGAUGCUCUGGAGUGCUCUGGGGUACUCUGGGAUUCUCUGGGAUGCUCUGGAGUGCUCUGGAGUGUUCUGGGAUGCUCUGGAAUGUUCUGGGAUGCUCUGGGAUGUCCUGGAGUGCACUGGGAUGCUCUGGGAUGUUCUGGGAUUCUCUGGGAUGCUCUGGGGUGCCCUGGGAUGUUCUGGGAUUCUCUGGGAUGCUCUGGGGAGUUCUGGGAUGCUCUGGGAUGUUCUGGGAUCCUCUGGGAUGUUCUGGGAUGCUCUGGAAGUGUUCUGGGAUGCUCUGGAGUGUUCUGGGGUGCCCUGGGAUGUUCUGGGGUGCUCUGGGAUGUUCUGGGAUUCUCUGGGAUGCUCUGGAGUGCUCUGGGGUACUCUGGGAUUCUCUGGGAUGCUCUGGAGUGUUCUGGGAUUCUCUGGGAUGCUCUGGAGUGUUCUGGGAUGUUCUGGGAUGCUCUGGAGUGCUCUGGGAUGGUCUGGGAUGUUCUGGAAUGUUCUGGGAUGUCCUGGAGUGUUCUGGGAUGCUCUGGGAUGUCCUGGAGUGCACUGGGAUGCUCUGGGAUGUCCUGGAGUGCACUGGGAUGCUCUGGAGUGUUCUGGGGUACUCUGGGAUGCUCUGGGAUGUUCUGGGGUGCUCUGGGAUGCUCUGGGAUGCUCUGGAGUGCUCUGGGAUGCUCUGGGAUUCUCUGGGAUGCUCUGGAGUGUUCUGGGAUGUUCUGGGAUGCUCUGGAGUGCUCUGGGAUGGUCUGGGAUGUUCUGGAAUGUUCUGGGAUGUCCUGGAGUGUUCUGGGAUGCUCUGGGAUGUCCUGGAGUGCUCUGGGAUGUCCUGGAGUGCUCUGGGAUGUUCUGGGGUGCUCUGGGAUGCUCUGGAGUGCUCUGGGAUGCUCUGGAGUGCUCUGGGAUGCUCUGGGGUGCUCUGGACCCCCCCUCCUGCUGGCUGUGUCCCAGUUCCCCUGGGGCAGGAGCAGGAUCCAGUGCCAGGCCUCGUGUCCCCUUGUCCUUCGGUGUCCCCUGUUCCAUCCCUGGGAGAGGGGAGGGGAGGGGAGCCCAUCCCCAGCUCCACGGCCAGGAGCUCGAGCUCCAGAUUCUGGAAGUUCCUUUUUUUUUUUUUUUGUUUUUUGGUGCUGUCACGUCCUGUGGAGCCUGUUGGGAGCAAGGCCACGUGUCCCAAGUCUGGUGCCAUGUGUGUGUCGCAGCGUUCUUGGCUUUGCUGUUGCACUGUAACCCCACUGGAUUUUCUCUUGCUUUUCAAGUCCUUGUGCUGGUCUUCCAUCCUUUUGUCCUCCCUUUGUCCCCUUGUGUCACCUGGAACCGAAAGGAAACCCAAGUAAUAUAUUUUUAUAUGUAUAACAAAUGAAUUUAUUUGAAAGGAAAAAAAAAAACAAAAAAACCAACCCCCACCCCAAGUAAUGUAUCCCCAGCUUUCAUUUAGGGAAGUGAGAGAAGAAAUUGUUUAUAUCUAUCUAUAUAUCUAUCUAUAUAUAUAUAUAAAAGUUAACUGCAUUAAGCUUUAAAUAAAGUAUUUAAAUAAAGAGUU